AUUCUAGCGGAAGAAAUGGCAACUGCUAUUUCCCUAUUUCGUUCCUAUGUAGGGCAACAGAGAGAGAGAGAGAGUGAAGAGAAGCGCGACCAGUGACAGAGAGAACCAGAAAACGGCUCAGUAGGUGAAGAGUUGAGUGAGAGGUUGGACCUUUGGAGCUGUGACCAAGAAGAAGACGAAGAUGAACACAGACAUCACAGCAUCGGCGAAAUCAGAGUACCCAGUAAUAGAUCGAAACCCUCCCUUCACCAAAACAGUCGCUAACUUUAACACCCUCGAUUACCUUCGUCUCGUCACCAUUACCGGCGUCUCCGUCACCGUCAGCUACCUCUCAGGAAUAAAGCCGAACAUAAGAGGUCCUUCAAUGGUGAUUGGGGGACUGAUCGGUGUAAUGGGCGGGUUCAUGUACGCCUACCAGAACUCUGCUGGGAGAAUAAUGGGUUUCUUCCCUAACGACGGAGAGGGUACUCUUUUGUUCAUUAAUCCUCUGAAAUGCUUUUGGGUCCAAGUGUGAUAUUGAAGUUAGGAAAUCUUGAGUACUUGUGAGUAUGGUUUGGGUAUGUCACACAUUAUUCAUAGCCUCGACCUCCUCAAGAAUCAAGUAGUUACUACAAGGAUUGUUUUAACUUGAGUUUUUUAGCAACUUUCCUUCUGUAUUAUUUAAUUAGUUUGUAUAUGUUUGCUUCCCUAUGUGUUUUGAUUCUUCACAUUUGUGCAUAGAAAUAUUAUAUAAAUUGCUUAGUUAAUAUAUUUUGAUCAUCUUUAUAUCAGUGCGGAUCCCUUUUAUUUUUGUGUGUGUGUGUUUGGCUAUUUUUGUAAGUGCUUUUGAAACUAGAAUUGGAUGUCAAUUGAUUUUAUAGAAGAUUAGGUUCUAAAGCAGGAUUCAAGAAUGAGAUACCUUUUUUAAUUCACUAAAAAGGAAAAACAUGAAUCUUGCUUGCCGAUGAAACAUAGAAAAAGUUGGUUUAGUUUACAAUGAGACACCACUAUUAAAGUAUAGAGCUAGAAGAAUCUUUGCAUAAUAAAGCUUUGGUUUCCAUGUGAAGUGUGAGAUACACUUUCCUUUUUUUCAGUUACAAGGUUAGUUUUUCAAAUUCUAACUUCUUUAUGUGAAGUGUGAGAUACACUUUUCUUUUUUCCCUAUGAAAACUUUGAAUUUGAAGCAUUUUUACCAAACAAAAUCAAUGAGAGGUAUUUGAUUUUUCUUCUGUUGAAUUAGGAGGCUCUUGUUUUUAAUGGGUGUUGAGUAUUCAAAGCUGAUGAAAAUUCUCUCAGUUAUAGAAAGUUAAUUUUCAAGUUGACCCUCUCUAUAUGAAAGCUCUCUCUUUAAUGGGCAUUGAUAUGUAUAUAUGUGUGUGUGUGUAUGUGUGUGAAAAAGUGAGAUACACAAGUUAUAUCUGUCUUUGCAUGAUGUGAUGAACUUUAAUUUGCAGUCUCAUUUGUGAGUUUUUUUGUGUGCGUUUU